GUUCUCGGUGACUUGACACACUGAGGAGAAACGAUAUUAAAUCCCAGUCUGAACUUCGAUAAUUCACUUUCGGGCUGCUGCAGUUUGAUGAAAACUUAACAGAUCGAGAUAUUUACCACUAAAUAAUUCAAGAAAAUCUUUCAACCCGACGGUGAAAAGGGAAACGCUUCAGCAUUAUGGACCCCAGUAAGUCUGCGACGGCUCCUCCACCGGAGUGGGCUGGUGAGAAGUCCACCAUGGGCCAUGUGCCCCCUCCGCCCUACCAGGACAACCCGGUCAUGGGAUACCCUCAGCCCGGCCCGGGAUACCCUCAGCCCGGCCCGGGAUACCCACAGCCCGGCCCAGGAUACCCCCAACAGCCGCAGGGCUAUGGACCUCCGGCGCAGUAUGGUGGGGCUUUUGUGCAGCAGCAGCAGCAGUACCCAGGAAGCCAGCAAGCCACCGUCACAGUCCAGCCCACCGUCUACGUGACCCGAGGCCCGCUGGCUGUCCCUGUGAACGACUACUUGUGCUACUCCGUCUUCACCCUGCUGUGCUGCUGCCUGCCUCUUGGAAUUGCCGCCCUCAUCUACUCCAUCUCUACCCGUGAAUCCAACCACGCCGGCGACCAGGCUUCGGCGGAGCGGAGCAGCAGGAUGGCCAAGAUACUGAACAACGUGGGUCUGGGACUCGGCAUCGUGUCCAUCAUCCUCUUCAUUGUUUACGCUGUGGUUUUGGCAAAUAACGUGAGAUAAUUGCAAAUCGGCCUCAUUAUCGUUAGCACCUAGACCACGCGUGAAGCAUUUAGCUUUUUUUUAAGCGUGAGUUUUUAGCUGAAAAUGUGUAACCCCGGCCCCUGCCUGCUUGCAGAAGGUUAUUGAUAUAUUAACCAACAACCCAUGGCCGUUUAAUCCUUUACUCUAGAGUGUAUCCAGUACAACCUUCCAAAGAUUCAUAUUUCUUCAACCUUUGUUGCUUUGUUUGUGUUAUCACACUUUAAAUAUCUAUGUAAAAAUAUUUUGCCAACUUUGGUGCCUUAUAAGAUCACCCUUCACGUUUUUUACAUAUCUAAUAUUAUCCAAAGUGUUUUAUGUUCUGUGUUUGAACACAGUUGGUCAGACUGAGUUUUAAUGAAACUGUUGGCUUUUUAAAUAUCCACUAAAAUCCUCAAACCUGAAAAUGAUGCUAUCAAAGAAUAACAUUCUACUACCAAUACUUAGAUAGACAAAGGAGUGCUGAGCUGAACUAGGAAAAGAAAAAGGGUUAAGCCUGUUUGUGUAAGUGAUCUGGGAGCCCACAACACAAUGAGAUCUACUCCUCUUCCAAUUAAACCAAAUGUGUCCUCUUUAUUCCAGCUGAAAAGGAAGGCAAAGCUUCACAUACAAUCUGCAGACAUUCAGUAUAUUGCUGACUGAGCCAGUUGCUCCAUCAGUGACUCUUGCUCUAUUUGAAAAGCAUACGGUGUUAUUAAAUGUAUUGUUGUUGUUUGUCAUGCAAUGUCUUUAUGUUCUUCUAUUAACCAAACCUGAAAAGGUUUUACUGUAUACCAGAUUUCUUUAAAAAAUAAAGUGAAUAUAUUGAGAGGAAACAAA